AAAUUCUGUCCCACUCGUGAAAUAAACUCCAUAUUCAUCUACCAACCCUUGAAUAUCCUCUAUUUAUCUCACUUCACAAAAUUAUCAUCUAUUAACAAGUCGUACAACAUUUAAUAUUCAAAUUUUUUUUUUUUUUUUUUUUUGCUUCCUUUCCAGAUAUGAACAAGAGAAAAGAGAAGACCAGGGCAAGGAUGAAAAGAGUGAAACUAUGGAGACAAAUUCUGAGGAUACUGUCAUUCAUAGGCAGGAUGGUUAUGACAACACCAAUCCGUCAUCGAGACAGAGUUCAACAAAUCGUUCUGAAAUUAAUACAGAUUUCAUUGCAAAACAUGUGAACAGCAUUGUAAAUACCUUGGCAGACAUGAUGAAUUGCAGCUUAAGCAAAUGUGAUGAGGCUGAACAUAAACGGCAUCAUGAAUUCAUAAGAAGCCCAGAAAAGAUGUAUGCAGACAAUUAUUUAAAGUAUUGCUUUGGGGCCAAAUAUAUAGAACCUGAGGAUUUCGAAUACCUUCAACAGAUUCUAGGAGAAAGGAUUUGUGUCAACAAAUUUUUACCAGGAUCUAUUUUCUCGAGGUACUCUUCAUUUAAAAACUUAGACAAUGAGGAACUGGAGAAGAUCUUCAUUGAUUCUCCUUUAAUGGGACAUGAGUACUUCAAAUUUGUCAUACUUAAAGAAGCAGUGACAUAUUUAGUUUGCUGCAAUACAGGGCUGCCAUAUGAGGAGUCAGAUGAACGAUGCUCACAAACAGAAGCUUCUGUUGCCCAGCAUAAACGUGUUCAGGAAGGCUGUUUCCCGUUUAACUUAUAAUGUAUAACUAAUUAAAUCCUAGAUGUUUAUUUCAGUGGAUUGUGUCACCGCCGGGUUAUGUAAACACAUGCUAGGUAGCACCCAUAUGAGGUGUAAAUUGAAGUAACUGGUGACAAACCAGCAAUUGGAGUUAUAACUCCUCAUGAAAAAAGUUAAUAAGAUUAAAUAAAUUUUUAGUCUUAAAUAUAAUUUUAUUUUUUACCACAUGCAAGCAAAAAUCUUGAUAGUUUUUAUUCUUAGUAAUGUGCAGAACAUAUAAAGUUAUAUAGGUUAUCAAAUUUUGUUUAAAACAUAAUUAGUAAAAAAUCUUUUUAACUUUUUUAUUAUGUAUAGAAAAUCUUAAUAUUUUCAGAUGUUCAAUAUUUCAAGAAAAUUAAAACAAUACCUGUGCGGAUCAAACAAAUUUUUUUACCGCAUAUGAAUAUCAAUUGUACCACAAAAUAUAAAAGCAUUUACAAUUGGGCAAUACUUAAUAUUGAGAAGAAGAAUAUACAGUACAUGAUGUACAUAAAUAAAACAUACAUGUAUAAUAUUUUCAGCAAUGGAUAUUUCAACACUGACACCUGUCAUAUGUGACCUUUUUUCCUUUCUCUGUUGG